CGACCUCUUAAUCUUUCCAAGCAUCUAUGCAUUGUUCAUUGUCGAGGGCGCGAGUGUAUCACUCAGAGGCCGACAUUUCCACGGUUACCCUCGUCUUCGCUCCAUCUCGUCUCCUGUAAUUGCUCUUCGUCGAAAUCAGGCUGUCACAGACAGGUUCAGAACCCCGACUACAAACUUCGUCAUCAAAACAUCCAUUGCUUUUGUGGUACUUGCAGCUCUUAAACCCUCAUCUAAGCCCUAAACUCCCACUUUGGUCUUCUUGCUUGUUCACUUGUUGAACCAGUAGAUCCAAAUCACUCAAGAUACGUUCAUUGUUGUCACUAUAGAGAACCAGCAAAUAAUGGUGUCAGCGAAUGGCGUUUACCGGAUAUCUUCAUCUUCUUUAUUCAGGUGGAUGUCGUGGCGUCACUCCUCCAGCAAAUUGUUCGUCGGAGGGCUUUCCUAUGAUACCAAUGAACCGGUGUUAAAAGACGCUUUUGGGCAGCAUGGAGAAAUAAUUGAAGUUAAAGUUAUAUGUGAUCACAAGAGUGGCAAAUCAAAAGGGUAUGGAUUUGUACAUUUCGUUUCUGAGGACUCUGCCAGCAAAGCCUUGGCAGAAAUGGACGAUCAGUUGUUGGAUGGUAGAAAUAUUCGGAUCCAAUAUGCAAACAAAAAACGAGCCCCAGAAUGCCAGAUAAAUGAUCAGGAGGAAUCAGAUAACUGAACAGAGCAUUAUUAUUAGGAAACUUGACAGGGAAUAAUAUAUGAAGUGAUGAUCAGCCAUUAAACUUCAAAUCCAAUGGAUGAUUGUUUGAGGGACACAAGAGCUGAUAAAAACACUUGGAAUAAUUGUAAGUGUUCGUUGUGCCAAAUGAACCUUUUGUUACAUCUUAUUUACCAUAGUAUUGAAAUAUCUAAAAAACGGCCUUAAACAGAGGGACCUCAAGGUAGGCUACUCUCACCUUAUAUGUUCCAAAGCUUUCCUAUGAUUUAUCAAUCUUUAAACAGUGAAGUGUGUGUGCUUGUAUAUAGAAACAUUGGCAACAUCUCAUUUGAUCAUUUUUUUCACAUCUA